CCACCACCAAGCCACCAGCUGAGGAAGCCGACCACCAGCUCGGGGCCAGCGCCUUCCACCCACCUGAGCUCCCAGGUGCACACCACAUCCCCCACGACACAGCCAGGCCCCGCCUCGCCCACUGGAGCGGCCGGCAGCCUGGGUACUGCCCAGACGCCGGAGCAGGUGGGGACCAGGGCCAUGACCGGUUCUGCCUCCACUGGGCUGACGCCCGGUAGCUCAGGGGACUCGCCGACACCAGCCACAGACUCGUGCCCGCCCAGCACCCAGGACCGGUACCUGGUGGUCACCACCAAGGCCCUGAGCCCUUCUCCAGUGAACAGAACCUUCCUGGUGGCGGUGCUCGUGCUGGGGGUGACGCUGUUCCUCACAGUCCUGGUUCUGUUCGCCCUGCAAGCCUACGAGAGCUACAGGAAGAAGGACUAUACGCAGGUGGACUACCUGAUCAACGGCAUGUACGCCGACUCGGAGAUGUGAGGCCUGGCCCCCGGCCACGCCCGGUGCUUCCAGACCUGGGGUGGAGUCUAGGGAUGACGUCAGAUAUGAGGCCCGGUCCCCCCCCCACGUCCAGUGCUCCCAAACCUGGGGUGGGGUCUAGGGAUGACGUCAGAUAUGAGGCCCGGUCCCCCCGCCACGUCCACUGCUCGCAGACCUGGGGAGUGGUCUAGGAAUGAUGUCUGAUACAAGGCCCCGCCCCCAGCCACGUCCAGUGCUUCCAAACCAGGUGGACUCUAGGAAUAACACCAGAUACAAGGCCCGGCCCCCGGUCACUCCCAGUGCUCCCAGACCCGGGGGUGGGGUCUAGGGAUGAUGUCAGAUAGGAGUCUGGCCACGCCCAGUGCUUCCAGACCUGGGGUGCGGUCUAGGGGUGACAUCAUAGCCCGUCCCCCGGCCACGCCCAGUGCUUCCAGACCUGGGGUGCGGUCUAGGGGUGACAUCAUAGCCCGGCCACGCCCAGUGCUCCCAAACCUGGGGUGGGGUCUAGGGAUGACGUCAGAUAUGAGGCCCGGUCCCCAGCCACAUCCAGUGCUUCCAGACCUGGGGUGCGGUCUAGGAAUAACGCCAGAUGCAUAAACACAUUUACUUGCUAUCAGAUUAACUCCCUGAUCACAGAAGAGCUGCAGCUUUUUUCAUAUUUAUUUUUGUAAACAGUCGUGGCGCCCGGCACCGUGGGCAGGGCCCUGCCCUUGGCUGUGGUGUGUGGGAUCCUGAUUAAAGCAGUGGCUGCUCUGUG